UUCAGCAACGUCGGUUGCCCACGCAUCGAAAGAGACGGCUGACUUUUUUCUCGUCGUCAUUUCUGGUCCGAAUUCACGUUGUUUUCCGAUCAUCGGAUUAGCGAUAACAACGCGCAUUCGUAGGAAGCUGCAGAGCUUGAUAACGCGAGUGCAACGUGGCUAAUAUUUGAGAAAUCGAAACGAUAUUUUGAACUACCGCGUAUCGGUGACAUGUAUUUUACCGGCGAGAUUCGAUGCUGCUUAUGAAGUGGUGAAAAUUUUCGACCGACGAACGGACUUUUUCCGAGCCCUAUCCCGAUUGUGACCAUCUUUAAUUUUUCUAUCUCGCUUUCCGGGCUUGGUACAGGAGCUUUCGUUUGCGGCAUUGAAAACGUGCGAUCGUUUCUUUUGCUAAAAUAUCACGCGAGACCGGACGAACGACUGGGUCCGGAAGCCGGAGGAAUUUUCGAGAAGCCUAAAGAAGCAGAAGAAGAGAAAAAAUCUCAAGCUCCGCCGACGAGAGUUCGCGGAAGGCUGACAAAACUGAUAUAAGAUAUGCUGUGUUAUAUAUUUUCAUUCUCGGAGCUAAAUGAGAUUUUAAUCGUGACGAUCGGGUGUAAAAUUAGAUGAAAGUGGAAACCUUGUUCGCACCAUUCGUGAGGAGGAAGAAAAAGAAAAAGAAAAAAAUUACAAAAUUGGCCGCCAACGAUUCACAUCGGCCCACGGUCUGUGGAUGAAAAUUUUUUGAUAUCGAUGAGAAACUCGUCUCGUCCAAUUUUCAAUUACUUUGAUGAAUUUUAAUUGAAUAAAUAGGUAUUGGAACAGUCGGAAAUAAAGGCGUGAGAAAAUUGGCUACGUAAAUUGAACGCCGACGACUGGCACGGAUACAGACAUUAACCCAUCAGAGUGUGUACAGUCCCUAAUACAACAGGGAGUUCUUUACACUGUGUGUCGAUCGUCGACUACGUACAGGGAGGCGUCGUUAUUUUCUUAUACCCAACUUUGAAUUGUUACAACAACUGUUCGACAUUUCGUGCGAAUUGCGAUUGAACGAUAUCGCGAUGCAAAAUAAAAUAUAUUUCUCACGGUUGACUCCGUGCUCCGAUGAAUUGUCGAUCGAUCGCGACUGACGAACAAGUCAUCGAAGUUUGAACCGACGCGACGCAAUGAGAGGAUGAUGUAAAAUUGGAAAUGAGGAGAAAAUUGCCAAUGCUUUAUCCGGAAGUAUAAUUUUCGAACACACCGUUAAGUUUAACGGUUAAAUUUGAACUGGAAAUCUCCGGUGGCGAGAGAUAACAAGCGAUACGUACAUAUAGACACAUGUGAAUAUAAUAUAAAAUAUAUGUGGUAGCUGCAAGUACAGCAUAAGCGAGAUGUACGGCUGGUAAACAUGGAGGAAUAAUUUUGCAGCCAAUAAUACAACGAUGGAGCGAUUCUACAGGGUGAUUAUGAAAACCAGACCAAAAUUCAUGAUCUGCUACGUCAGUUUCGAAAGUGAAAACGGUUGAACGAUUAAUUCUGCAAAUAACAUUCCACGUAAUUAACCGAUCUGGAAACCAUUGAAAUUACGGUGCCGUGAAAUUCUUACAUUACAACGAUACACGCAACUGUAUCUAGGUGUGUAACGUGAGAUUGUUGAACGAAAAUAGUAACAAUAAUAAUAAUAAUAAUAAUAAUAAAGAUAAUUCGACGGUUCACGUGGACUAUCGUCGGUAUAACAAGCCUUCUGUAUGCACGACUUCUUUUCCUGCACAAGAUGCAUCAUCAUCGGCAAAAUCGAUCAUUCUCCACUUCCAGCAGCGCUCGAGGAUCAAAGAACACGAGGCCUUUGCCCGCGAGGACGUUGGCGAUAGCAACGGCGGUUUUUCUUUUGUCCUCGAGUCUGGGUUUCGCUGACGCCGGAGUACUCAUGGGACACCCGUUAGGCAAAAGGUCAUUCCUGGACAUUCACUGCAAGGGAGUCUACGACAGAAGCCUCUUCGCGCGCCUUGACCGCAUCUGCGAGGAUUGCUACAAUCUGUUCCGAGAGCCCCAACUGCAUUCGCUGUGCAGCAAGAACUGUUUCACAUCCGACUACUUCAAGGGAUGCUUGGACGUACUACUUCUUCAAGACGAGAUGGAAGAAAUCCAAACUUGGAUCAAACAACUCCAUGGCGCUGACCCCGGGGUUUAGACAAGACUGCUUCAGCACGCAGUAUUUUACGAGCUGCAUCCAGGCGCUGCUGCUUGAAGACGAAAAAGAGAAGUUCCAGGAGAUGGUCGAGUACCUGGGCCGCAAGAAGUAAGGUCAAAGGUGAAGGAAGCUGCGCGUACGUAGAAAAGGCAAACGCGUCGCACAAAACCUAACAUCGUACUAUAAUAAACGCGGCGUUAACGCAGCCUGAUACGUGAGUGCUACCGCGACGUACCUUAUACUUAGACACCGAAAAUUUAACAGAAAACUAUACAAUAUACAUACAUAUAUGAAUACACAUGCCUACAUAUACAUAUACAUACACAUAGACACCUGUCGAAUAAAAAAAAAGAAUUCAAAAAUCCUGCUUACCGUUAGCCGAGAAUCAAAAAAACCAAAAAAAAAAAAAACAAAUAUCCGAACGCUGAACUUAUAUUUUUCAUUGGGUAUAUCCUUAAGAAACGUACAUCAAAAUUUCGUGUUUGCAGAUCCGUACUAAAAUCAAUCUUAUGCAAAUCUGAAUUGAAUAUAUAAAUAUAUUGAAAGGAUAAAGAUUUUAAUUUUGUCUUUUCAUCUGCGCAGGUAGCUGAACCGAUCGGCAGCUAUAUCAAUUUUUGUUUUCAUAUAAUGCCAAUUGUUUAUUUAUUGAAAAUAAAAAUAAAUAAAUAAUUGAUUCUUAUAUUCUUGGCUUCCCUAGCGGGGAUGACAAACAAACAAAAAAUCGACCAAUAGACGAUAGUUAAAACAAAUACGGACAAAUGAAACAGGAAAAAGUACUAGACAUGAAAAAUAUAUAUCCACGGGAACAACAGCAAGAAAAACUGAAUUACUCGAAACGGAAAUGAUAAACUGAAAACGGAACGGUACGAGAUCCCAUUGAAUAGGUCUCACACAAAUUCUAGUCCACAGAUAUCUACGCGAUAUAUAGAAUAUUAAUUAUUGUUAUUUCUAAUAUUAUUAUCAUCAUUAUGAUUAUCAUUAUUAUUGUACCGGAUAUUAACACAUUAUAUUAUAAAUACCAUAUAUUGCAUAUAGUUAUAUAAUACAUGAAAUACACACGGAUUGAAAAACUGGCGUGUGAAAAACUUUGCACAUUCGAAAAAUCAUAAAACUUGAAAUCAUCAUGAAAAAAGAAUAAUAAUAAUUCACAUCCGCCGAAUAUACAUAUAUGUAUCUACCGAGUAUAUAUAAGCAUCAAGAAUUUAAUAUGUAAUUCUAAUUUUUGUAUUAUGUAGGUAUCGUUAUGUAAUAUUUAUUUAUUUUUUCACUCUUAGUUAAGGUAAAAAAAAUUACUGAUUAAAGUAUUACGUAUGCAUAUAUACAUAUAUUUAUGUGUGUGUGUGUGUAUUAUAUAAUAUAUAUAUUAUAUACAAUAUAACGAUAUUAUGCGAUGAAAACUCUAUUCUUUCAUGAAGUAAAAAUGAUAAUUAAUACUACAUAUUGAGAUGUAUAAUUUAAUUGUUUCAAAACUUAAUGUAGCGAUUCGUAUAUCCCUAAUAGUUUGCCAAGUGUAAAAAUAAUUGUCUUCCAUACAUAAUGAACAACAUAAUCGAAUGUAUGAAUAAUUGCAUAACAAAGAGAAAAAAUCUGAUGACUUUGUGGCUGGAUUCAGAUUUUUUUUUAGCAUAUACUUUAUAUAUAUUUUUUUGUUUUCAUCCGAGGUCCGCAGAUAGUCAGAAAUUCAAUCAUCCCAUUUUAAUUCGAGGGACUAGAAAUACAGUCGCAUGAAUCGAGUUUCUCGCCAUAAUACAUAUUCAUAAUAGAAACAUUCACAGAAAAAGUGAUCUGAAUCAUUCCAACGUCAGUAUUGAGAACCUGUAUUCUUAUUAGUUGCAGAUUAUUAAACUUGGGCAGAAUUUCAAAAGAUAUAUUUUCCAAUUAUCAAAAAAGAGAAAAACAAUCGCGUGUAACGUUUCACUUUUCAGUUGAAGUUUUCUGAAAGUAUUUUGAGAGAAAAUAUAUUUUUGAUGAGACGUUCAAGAAAAUUAAAUACAAAUUCAUCCUUUCUAUUGUAUAAAUAAUAUACAAGAUAUAAAUGUGCUAGAAAAUAACUAUCGAAAUAUUGCCGAUCAGCAUUUAUGUAAAUCCAAAAAUAUCGUAAUAAAUUAAUUAUACAUGAGCGAUUUGUUCUCGUGCAGAAUAUUUUGUUACUCGAAUAAUUCACCCCUGGAAAAAUUAUAUAACACGUUUGGAUCAUCCGAAAUAUUAGCACAGAAAAUGUUGGAGAAAAACGGAAAAAAUAAAAAACAAAAAGAAAAUGUAAAUGAGCGAACAGCUGGGCACUUAUGGUCUACAAUAAUAUCACUAUUAAAAAUGCAAA